AUGUCAACAAGAAAAGGUCCAGGGAUAAGAAUAAGUAUCGAUAGGGGAGGUACGUUUACCGAUUGUAUUGGUAUGGUCCCUGUUCCAGUUUCUGAAGAAUAUCCGACGGGAAGACGAGAUAUCGUUGUAAAGCUUUUAAGUGUUGAUCCUCAAAACUACCCCGAUGCUCCUCGAGAAGGUAUUAGAAGAAUAUUAGAAAUUGCCACUGGAAAACCUCACCCAAGAAAUAAAUUAGUGGAUACCUCUCUUUUAGAGUCAAUUCGAAUGGGAACGACUGUUGCUACCAAUGCUCUAUUAGAAAGGAAAGGAGAAAAAUGUGCACUUCUCAUUACUAAAGGGAAUCAAGCUCGUCCUAAAAUAUUUGAUCUUUCCAUCCGCAAGCCUGAUGUUUUGUAUCAACAAGUUGUUGAAGUGGAUGAACGUGUAGCCUUGGUUGGAGAUGAAUCACAGUCACCAGCUGAGAUAACAGAUGAUAUAGUUAAAGGACUUUCCGGGGAAUAUGUAAAGAUACUUCAAAAACCAGACACAAACAAGAUAAAGAACGAUCUACAAUCUUUAUAUGAAGAAGGAUUUCGAAGUGUUGCGAUAUGCUUAAUGCAUUCUUACACAUUUUCAGAACAUGAACAAUUAUUGGGUUCAAUUGCGUCCGCAGUUGGAUUUACACAUAUUUCUCUUUCCUCCGCUAUAAUGCCAAUGAUUAAAAUUGUACCUCGCGGUACAUCAUCAACAGCCGAUGCUUAUUUAACUCCAUGCAUUCAUAAAUACAUUGAUGGGUUUAUUUCUGGAUUCGAUGAAAAUUUAGAAAAAAAUACAAGACUAGAAUUUAUGCAAAGUGAUGGUGGUCUUGUACCAGUUAAUAAAUUUUCUGGGUUUAGAGCCAUAUUGUCAGGACCUGCUGGUGGCGUUGUUGGCUAUGCGUCAACAUCGUACAGUGAGAAUGGGCGUGACCCGGUGAUCGGUUUCGAUAUGGGAGGUACUAGCACAGACGUAUCUCGAUUUAAUGGUUUAUAUGAACAUGUUUUCGAAACGACUACUGCGGGAGUAACCGUUCAAGCACCUCAACUUGAUAUAAACACGGUUGCUGCUGGGGGCGGCUCGCAAUUAUUCUUUCGUAAUGGAUUGUUUGUUGUUGGACCAGAGAGCGCUGGUGCACACCCAGGACCUACAUGUUAUAGAAAAAACGGCCCUUUAACUAUAACUGACGCAAAUCUAAUACUAGGUCGAUUAAACAUAGAUUAUUUUCCAAAAAUAUUUGGCCCUUCCGAGAAUAAACCAUUGGAUGUGGAAGCUACUCGUCUCAAAUUUCAAUUGCUUGCCGAAGAGAUUAAUGCUUUUGUAGGAAAAGACAAAAAAAUGAGUUUGGAUGAGAUAGCAUAUGGAUUUAUUAAAGUUGCCAAUGAAGCAAUGUGUCGUCCCAUUCGUUCCUUAACUGAAGCAAAGGGUUACGAUACUUCAAAACAUAUUCUCGCAUGCUUUGGCGGUGCCGGCGGACAACAUGCGUGUGCAAUUGCACAAAAUUUGGGGAUCAAGAAAAUCCUAAUUCAUAGAUAUAGUUCUAUAUUGUCAGCAUACGGUUUAGCGUUGGCUGACGUUGUUCAUGAAAUUCAAGAGCCUUGCUCGAAAAUUUAUUCAGACGAUUCGUUACCAUAUUUAAUGGAAAAAAUCCAUGCUCUUUGCGAAGCAUGCACCAAAGAGCUUAAGUCACAAGGGUUUGACGAAUCAUGUAUUCAGCAUGAAAUUUUUCUUAAUUUAAGAUAUGAGGGGACUGAUUUCGCAUUUAUGACCUUAAAGCCCAAGGAUUCUUGGGAUUUCAUUUCAAAUUUUGUUGUGCAGUAUAAACAAGAAUUUGGAUUCAGUUUCCCGGAUCGAAAAAUUUUGGUAGACGAUAUAAGAAUCCGUGGCAUAGGCAAAGGCUUUAAAAUAACUCAACAUGAUGUAUUUGAUGAAAUAAAAAAUAUCAGUCCUACGUCCGUAUCAAAUGAUCAGCAUGACAAAACGGUGCCCGUUUAUUUUGAAAACGGACGUUUAGAAACUCCUAUUUAUCUCUUAGAGAAACUUAAAAUUGGAAAUACGAUUGUUGGACCAGCUAUGAUUAUUGACUCGACUUCAACGAUUCUUGUUACUCCGGGAUGCAGUGCUUUGAUUACAACCUCGCAAGUUUUUAUUACUGUUGGGGAUGGCAUUAGAACAAAAGUUACUACUGAGUCGGAUCCGAUUCAAUUAUCUAUAUUUGGCCAUCGAUUCAUGAGCAUUGCUGAACAAAUGGGAAAUACUUUACAAAAGACCUCUAUUUCAACAAAUAUUAAAGAGCGAUUGGAUUUUUCUUGUGCUCUUUUUGGAGCUGAUGGAGGAUUAGUCGCUAACGCUCCACACAUUCCAGUUCAUUUAGGGAGCUUAAGUCACGCGGUUAAAUAUCAAAUGGAAUAUUACAAUGGUGCAUUAGAAGACGGUGAUGUAAUUAUGUCCAACCACCCGCAAGCUGAUAUUACUGUAAUAACUCCAGUAUUCAAUGAAGGAAAAAUUGUAUUCUUUGUGGCGUCAAGAGGUCACCAUGCAGAUAUUGGUGGUAUUUCACCUGGUUCUAUGCCACCACAUUCAAAAGAAUUAUUUGAAGAAGGUGCUGCUAUUAAAUCAUUUAAACUCGUCUCAAAGGGAAAUUUUGAUGUCGAUGGCUUUACCAAUAUCUUACUGCAUGAACCUGCUCGGUAUCCAAAAUGUUCCGGGACAAGAUGUCUUCGUGACAACAUUUCAGAUAUUAAAGCUCAAGUAGCCGCAAAUCACAAAGGUAUUAACCUUGUGAAAACACUAAUCCAAGAAUAUGGACUGGAUGUAGUUCAAGCUUAUAUGAUGCAUAUUAGAAAGAAUGCUGAAUUAUCGGUUAGGAACCUCUUAAAGAAAGUCGAGCAACGAUUAGGAAAAAAUAUUUUAAAAGCAGUCGAUUAUAUGGAUGAUGGAACUCCUAUUGAAUUGCAAAUAACUAUUGACGAGAAAGAUGGGUCAGCCAUAUUUGAUUUUACUGGCACUGGUCCUGAGGUUUUUG